AUUCCGGCUCCCAGCCAAUAUUUCCUCUGCUCUAAGUCACCCCAGGGCCUCGGACAGACCACAGCUCCCACCCCCAGACUGUCCUGCCCUGCACCCUGGAUCGUACUCUCGCUCAUUUCUUCUGCCUCCUGACCGACCCUGGGGCGUUGCGAGCAGCCCAGCCUGGUGUGGUGUGUUCCGUCUCUUGGAAACUGGAACUGUCGCCAUGAAGACCCUUCUGUUGUUGGCCUUGACCAUGGCCUUUGGCACGCUGCAGACCCAGGGGAGUUUACUGGAUUUCCAUAAAAUGAUCUAUUUGGCGACAAGAAAGGAAGCUGUAUCUAGUUAUUCCUUCUAUGGUUGCCACUGCGGUGUGGGCGGCAAAGGAUCCCCCAAGGAUGCGACGGAUCGGUGCUGCGCCACACACGACUGCUGCUACUACCGUCUGCAGAAACGAGGGUGUGGCACCAAGCUUCUGAGCUACAAGUUUGCUUACCGGAAGGGCCGAAUCGUCUGUGCAAAGCAGGACUCCUGCAGGAGCCAACUGUGUCAGUGCGAUAAAGCAGCCGCCAUGUGUUUUGUGAAAGCCCGGAAGAGCUACAGCAGAAAGUACCAAUACUACAACAAUAACAAGUGCAGGGGCAAGGCCCCCAAGUGCUGAGGGCUGCCUCGCCCUGGAAGCCCCCCCCCCCGC